AGCUAAUGAUGAUAAUCUUGUUAUUGAUAGAGUUGCUUACAUAUCAAUGUUAGUUGGCUGAAUUUACUCACACAAAUUGCAAUGCCUUUCAUGUAUGUCAUUAGCUGUAUUACUUUGCUCGUUGGUCAUGCAAACGAAUUGUAAAAUAUACUUUUAUUAUUACAUUAUUAGAGUAAUGAAAGAAGUUAGCCAAUUACCAUAUGAGGAACUAUUAGCUAUAUGGUGCUUUGUAUUUAUGCAACUUCAAAUGUAUAAUGUACAGCUACUGUAUGUCGGUGUGAAUUGAAUACUAAAGUAUAUUCUUUUCUGUGUUUUGCAGUUUCACAACAAACGUUUUUAAGAUAUUCAUUCAAGAAAAGUCACGCCUUGGGAGUUUUAUUUAAGACUUAGUUGUUAGCUAUCUGUCUAGUUUUGCAUGAGAACGCAACUCAAGGGCAGAAUAGUUAGGUUUGGGGGUUAAGGUUACCGUCAGGUAACAUGAUAGCUAAGUAGUUAAAUGGUUAAAGGUUUAGGGGAAGGGUUUGCAAAGUAGUUGCUAAUUAGCUCAAAUGUAAUAGUUGUCUAUGUUGAGAUUCAAUCCCGUAACCUUCGGGUUGCUGGACUUUCAUGUUAUAUGCCCACCCAUCCUCCUUUCCUGUCGUCUUAAGUAACCUACUGUCUUUAUCUGUGAUUGAAAUUCACUACAAAAUGUACUGCACACAAAUACAUUUCACAAUAAUCUGUCACAGGGUUGCUAAACAACGAAUCAAGCAACUUCCUCUUUCUCAAUGAUAAAAUCAUCCAUUUCCUCCCCCACUUGUUUUACGUCUCUCUCGCUCUCCCUCUCUGUCGCUCUUUCUCGAUUCCGACUCUCAGGAUGGAAUCCACAGCAUGGAAUACCACCACCUACUUCUCUACCGACUCAUCCACUCCCAACCCCUCCAUCCCUUAUUCUGUCGGAAUCUCCUUUCUCCUGGUUGCUAUGGCCUUGGGUCUCCCCGGAAACCUCCUAGUGGUUUGGACCAUACUAUUCCGCCUGAGUCGCCGUUCCAUCACGUCCCUCUUCAUCCUCCAGCUAGCGGCCGCUGACGCACUCGUGCUGCUCUCCGCACCCUUCUUUAUUCACCAGCUCUUCAAGUCCAGAGUCUGGGAGUUUGGAGAGAUAAUGUGUAAGCUCCUGCAUUACGUCUGUGGCAUCAACAUGUACCUCAGCAUCCUAUUGAUCACCUUGAUGGGGGUCGACCGACUCCAUGGCGUGCUACGCCCUUUCUGGUCCCAGCGAGUCCGGACGAAGUCGAAGCUCUUUCCUAUCAUGGGUGUGGUGUGGGCGCUGGCUACGGUGCUGCCCACUCCUCAGCUUGUGUACCGCCAGGUCCGAAAGGGGGAGUGUACCACGCAUCACCCCGGGCCCGCCCACCAGGUGUUCCACUAUUCCCUAGAAACAGUUACUGCGUUCCUGGUCCCCUUCAGCAUCAUGACGUUCUGCUACUUACGCAUCGCUCAUGCCUUAGCAUCCAGCCGUGCCCACUGGCACCACCGCUCCUACAGGAAGACCAACCGCCUCAUCACACUGAUAGUCGUGACUUUCGCCCUCUUGUGGGCUCCGUACCACCUGGUCAACAUCCUGCAAGUGGGGGCCGUUCUCUCCGGGUCUUCCACGGAUUUGCUGGGGUUCUGUCUGAGAGCUAGGACAGUGGUCAUAGCUGUAGCUUACCUCAGCAGUGCUGUCAACCCUCUGCUCUAUACCAUGGCUGGCUCCUGCUCUGGCUCCUCCCUCACAAUCUAUGGCUCCUCCUCCAGGUGUUUGGGGGGCGUGGCACAGCUGCUUGAGGGGACGGCCACCAACAUGGACAUGCCCAGCGUGAGAGCAAAGCAUGAUGGUAGCGGUAGAGAGAAAGAGAAGGAGGACUGGGGAGGUGGGAAACCAGAGGGAGAGGUUGAAGAAAUGACAAUGGUUCCAGGGAAAAGAGAGGUGGAGAAGGAGGACGAGGAGGCAGAACAAGAAAAAGAGAUGACAAUAGUUCCAGGAAAAAAGGAGGAAGAGGAGGGAAACUAAUUCCCUGAAGGCAAAGAAAUGACUGGACUGAUUGUGAAAGUCCUGCAUGCUAUUGCUUGCCAGUCGGUCAUGACUCUUCUGAUAGCUGUCUUGUUGUGAAUGUCGAUCUCACCUCUAAGAGUUUCCUAAUCAAUCAACGGCAGCCAUAUCUUCUCUGAGAAAAGUGUUUUUAAUUUUCUUGCACUGGCACAAACACAACAUGUCUUAAUGCUUUUGAUCAAAUAAAUGUGGUAAACAAUUAUAC